UGCCAAUCAAGAGCUCAUUGCUAUGCGCAGAACACAUGAAGCAGAAAAUUCAAAGCUGAAGGCAAUGUUAAAAAAGGCUGAAAUAAAAAUACAUUCUCUGGAGGAAACUUUGCAGCAGAAAAUUAAAGAAAAUCAAGAGUUAGUGAACAUUUGUGAUGAGUUGAUUGGCAAAGUUGGAAGUAGUGAAUAAAUUGGUAAAUAAUCUUUAAUUUGAUGUAUAAAAUUUUUUAGCUUUUUGUAAAUUGUGUACGCAUUAUAAAUACUGAAUGUAACACAGUGACACAUUAAUAUUUUAAUUUAUAUUUUUUGCAAAGAUGAUAGCUUAUAUGGAAAAGUUACUUUUCUAGUGUUAAUUGGUAAUGUAAUCUAACUGCAGACAUGUUUCCCCCAUGUGUGUUGGGCAUGUGUGAGUUAUUUUGAAUGGUGUCCCUGUUCUUGGGAUCAAGUGCUCUUUAGAAGAAGUUAAUAUUUCCAACAAUUAUUGAGAAGGAUUCUGUCAAUAUAUGUGAUACUUAAGAACUGGAGUGAAUCAUUUGGAAGCCAAAUGUUGCUUUUAAAUGCAUAUAUUAUGAAAUAUAUUUUAUCAAGCUAUGUGUUAUUAUUUUAUGUAAUCAAUAUCUCGGAAAUCCACAAGUCAAAUUACUGUCAAUUGGAUUUAUGCUUCCUGUCUACAACGGGAAAAAGUCAUCAGAACAAUAUUCAAUUGUAUUAAUAGAUUCACUCAUAUUCUUAGUGUGUCUUUCUAUUGUGUACAUGAAUUAAAUGGUGCUCCUCUUUUAAUAGAUAUUGUAUGGUAUUAAUUAUUCUUGACUAGUUGAAUUUGGUAUCACUGAGUUUUGCAACACAUUCUCUUCCAUUUGUAUAUAAGAGUUCAAUAGAUCUCAAAGGAUAUCCUCUUCCUGCCUUCUGUAAGAAUUGUCUUCUAAUAGUAAUGCAUCUUGAAGGUAUUGUAGAAUUUUUUUUUUUUCUUAGUGUCAGUCCUGCACCCUUUAGGCCAAUGUGUACAAUAUUUGAAAAUAACCAUUGAAUUGUUUGAAUUUAUCCAUGUAAACAAUAUCUAAAAAUUUUAAGAGGAUUUUAUGGGCAGGAGAGGCCAAGUGCUUGAUGGCUUGUCACUCAUAAUAAAUAUUCUAAAAAAAAAUUGUAAAAUUCUCCAUUUUCUCUUUGUGGUAGAAGAUUUCUUGUACAUUAAAAAAGUUAUUCAAUCCACUCUUACCAUAAUUGUAUUUUGCUUCUCUCUGCAUGUUCUAACUACAUUUAAAAGUUUGUAACAAAAGCAGUACACUGACAUUUUGUUUCUCAGUUAGAAUGCUUUGUAACAAUAGUGCAUCUGGUGCUUCUGAGAUUUCUUUUUAUUCAAGAUCUGGAAUCUUACCUUAAAACAUUCAAAGGAACAAAACUUCAGCUGGAUAAGUUUUCCUAUGACAUAAAGACUUCAAAAUAAUUAAUGAAGAAAAUUAACAAUAACGUCCAUUAAAAAGAAAGGUAGAUUUAUAAAAUUACAUUCCUAAUUUUUUAUGGGAAUGCGAUUUUUAUUAAUGAAAAUGUAAAUAAAUUCUUUGCUUGAAAUAAUAAUCUAAAUAUCAAACGGUUGCUUACUUUAAUAUUGAAGAGUGUAUGCGUAAUGAAUUCACAUUGAAGAUUUUAAACAUUUUUAUUUAAAAAAUAACAUUAACAACUUUUAAAUAAAAUGUAUAUGAUUUGGUGUUUGUAAUGUUGGAGACUUCUAAAUUUGACCAAGCAAAUUCAUGUGUUGUCACAGUCUUGUCAUAUGCUUUGGCUGAUACUUUGAUUAAAAAUUGAUUGAAAUUAUAGAUUAAUAAGAAUUGUAUUUUAAAAUGGAACUUUUACCUAUUUACGUGAAAAAAAAGAGAAAAAACUUAUUUGCAUUAAAAAAUAGAUUUUUUUCUUUUCACGUGUGCCAUUCACUUCCAUUAUAUGACAUACCUGCCUCCACAGUGUGUUUGGCAAGUUAAUUCCUUUUUAGCAAGGCUUCUGAUCUUCCAAUUGUUUCAUAAAAUUCCCUGGUAUUCACUUUUUCUAUAUCCAAAGAAGAGAAGAGAAAGAGAGAGUCUAGAGAAAUCUGUUUUUAUCAGGAUUUCAUGUCAUUUCUUUCUCAUCAGUCUUCACAUUGCUACUAGAAAGAGUUUUGGUUUUCUGUGAAGUUUAACCUGGACAAUAUUGAAGAAUUUUUCUUGCUGCUAGGCCUAAUGCAGGAUGAACUUCCUCUGAUUCUUGAAUUCUCCUUAUAUCCAAAAAUGUACAACUAUCUGAAACAGCUGGACGGUAAAUGUUGGUGCACAUGGCUUCAUCACAGAAAAUGUAAAGGUUUCUUUUUUUUUCUUGUUCCUUUUCCCAUUCUUUACUACAGCUAUGCUUUGUAUAGUAUCACUCUAAGAGUAAGUGAAAAUUGUGUUGAAAUAUCAUUGUUUAUUUUCAUUUUUUUUUGUUUGUUUGUGACAUACAUUGCUGAAAUUUAAUUAAAAAAAAUAAAUUUUUUUUUCUUCUUCAAGUGUAGAUACUGCAGAUAGAGGUCUAUUUUCCCCUUCCAUUCCCCAAACGAGAAUGAAAAUAAUGCCAUUGAAAAGUCGCAUUUGCAAGAGAUUUUCAGAAGGGCUAAUACCAUCUGUAUCUCUAUUGCUUUUUCUGUUAAGGCUUUUUAAUAUUGCUCUGUCCAAAUGCACCUGUGAUCACAAUAGAUGGUUGACCUUGCUCUUCAAUAGAAUGGUUUUGCAGUUUUUGUAAAUAGGAAAAAAAUUAGAGAAUCCCAAUACUGGCUAAAUAGGUUCCAAGGUCAGUGUGAACCACAAGAAAGUGGCUCUCUCCUACCAACAAUUAACUGAAAAUUAUUUUCAAUGUCGCUUUAAUUUACUUUACAAAGUAUUAAUAAAAUGUAAUAUUUAUGUUGAUAUUUUCAAAAAUUGUACUGGAUGCUUAUCAAACAAUAUAGCAUCCUUAUUCAUCUCUAUCUCUAAUCUUUGUAAGGAUCAGAAUUAAUUCUUAAAACUUGGAAAUUCAGUACUUAUGAGGAUAAUUUCAUUUGAUACUUGAGUUUGUUGCAUGCAGGGAUACCAAAUUUAUUCUUUGUUUUAUUUGUUACUACAUACAUAAUCACAGGAUAAUUAGAUCAUAUGGUACUUACUAAAUCUUCAUAGUUUUAUGUACAUGAAUUUUUAAUGUUAUGUACAUUGGUUUUAAAAGUAGCUUGUGUAAAUUAAGAUAAAAUUGUUGUAUGAUGUAAGCAAUGUUAGAGUACUUGCUGUCUCUUGCAAAUUUCAGCCAGUGAUUUAUUUUUUUAAUGAUGCCCAUUUUGUAAAUUUAGUUUCACAUCUCUUUUCUACUAGUAAUGACUUAUAAAAGGAUGAGCAUUUAAAUAAUCCUCAGAAAUUGGAGACUUGCCUCAAGUGCAUUAUUGCGCCUUUUUAAGUUGAAUGAACGCAGAAAAUAAGAUGAUUUGAUUAUAUAGAAUUGUGUUGUAUUAUAAUUAAUUUUCAAAAUUGAUUUUACCUUACUCUGUACUUAAUUAUUUACCUUUCAAUUUCUGCAUUGAACAUGACAGAAGAAGUAGACAUACCUUGCUUGUGUUGAAAGCAUAUUGUGAGUAAAUUGUAAUUGAUGACAGUUGUUACAUUUUUAAACAUUUAUAGUCCAUUUGGGUAUUGCAGAAGGUGAUGAAUGACAAAAAAUAAUUCUACAACUUAAAAGAAAUGCUGAUGAUGUACAUUGGAAGGAUAUAAGAAAAAAUAAUGUUUGUAAUGAAAACUAAGGAUUCUUAAAUGUAAUUGUUAUUGUUUCAUGAAUAUGAUUUAAUUUUUUGUAAGGUUAAUAAAUGUCAUCAAGUUAUGUCAGUGACCCGCUUUUGUAUUAAAAUUAAUUGUGUGCUUAAAACAGUAUCUUGAAGUGAGCUUUGCAUAUUUCAAAUGAGCUGUAUUUAUUUUAGCAUUUAAAAUUGUUUUGAUAUUUUACAAUGAUAAGUGUGAAAAGCAAAAGUUCAGUAUUCCCAACCCAUUGGUUCUGGGUAAACUAUUAAAACAUCAUUUUUUUAACAAACUGUAAAACAGAGGUUUGGCUUAUUAAUGUGCAUGUAGCUAUGUGAUUGAGUCAGUUUUGGAACUUACCAUUUCUUUUAUAGACUCAUAACUUUCUCUUAAUCUAUAGAAACCCAUUAUCAUUGGGCUGUUAAUUGUCAGAAUUUUCAAUUAAAUUCUUCAUUUAAUUCAAUAUGUUUAUUAAUUAUACUGAAAAGAAAAGUGUCAGGUUCUUUCUGAAUAUAUUUCCCAUACUGAUAAAUAGGUGUUUUCUGUGGUAUUCAUAAAUAUGGGUCCAUUUGUAAUUUUUGCCUACAAGUAAUUAUAGAUACAUUAAUUGUCUGAGUACAUGUACCUGUACUCUGAUUUUCUAAGGAAAAACGUUUUGCUUGAAAGGUAAUUUUCUGUUGUUAAAAGAACUUGUCAUGCAUUUGUAAACAAGGAAAUGACUUGCGAAGAAUUUUUUCACUAAUCAUCAGCGAAUGUAAUUGUGUAAUUGACAUUGAUGAAAAAAACAUAACUAAGGUAUUUUUCUUAAAAAAAAAAUAUUCUAUCAAAUAUUUGAGAUCCCAAAAAACCCAUAAUUACCGUCUUGAAAACUUCAGCACCCCAAAAUAUUUAUAUGAAUUCAUGUUUUUAGGGCACUUUUGUGCCUGCUGCAUUGUUUCUAACCGCACCAGAUGACAGUUUAUAUAUACUCAUUAUAUGCUCAAUAUUUUGUUAUAGUAUGACUUAAGGAAUGAUUUGUAGAUCAGUUGGUGGGGCCAUCUGUAAUUGCCUAAACAGCAAUUGUGGUGAGGGCAUGUGGUAUUUAUUCUUGAAGAUCCAAAGGAGCUCUCAGAAAGACCCAGCACCUGCAACUGAAUGAGAAGUGUACCUUUUGGGUUUUCUGAUGGUCAUAUUAUGAUGCUGGUCACGACAACUCACUUUUGUGCCUGGGCCUAUGGAUGUGGAGCCUUAUCUUCAUUCAACUCAAGGGCACUUCUGUGGCCAGUUAGAGAAUAACUAUACAUUGGUUAAUUUAUUUUUGUGGAUAUUAGUAAUUUUAUUUUUUCUUACUGAUUAGUUUUUUCAGUAACUGUAUAUGUAAUUUUGAAAGUUACAGUUCUGUUCUCCUGCUUUUUCAAAUGAAGCUAGAUUGAGUAACAGGUUAAGGUUGCUUUAGUCAUAAAUGAUAAUGUUGCAACUUUCAGAACAGUUAAUAUUUAUGUGAUAUUAAUGGACGCCUUGUGAUAAAUAUUCAGAAGGGAGUCCAUUAUCCCUAAAGUAUGAUGAAUGUGUCUUGAAAAAAAAUAAUUAAAAAGUGAAAAGCACAAGUCCGAUUUUAACAUUUGCAAGGCUUUAUGUGCAAUUGUAGACCACUGCAGUUCAGAGUAUUUUGCCCAAUGCUCUACUUACUUACUAGUUAAUUUUUCAAUCAGGCUUCAAUUUUUCAUAUGUACAGGCUUGUAUCUAGGCAAUUUUUUUAAAGAAGUACCUUUUAUUGCGCAAGAUGAAAUGACAUUUACAGUUAACUUUUAUCUAAACACUUGUUCAUAAGGUGCUAACUUGAUGAGAUUUUUGUGCCUCUUCAGUGACCGUAAAAAGGAAGAUUUUGCAUCUUCUAAGAUUUCGUAAUUAAGGUUUUGAAAAGGGAUUUCUAUGUAAAAGAAUUUCAAUGUUUCAAAAUAAUAGAUGUGAGAUGUGUAAUUUCUACUAUACACAGUUUUGGUAGAUCAGUUUGUGGUUCUUACAUUUAUGUAACAGUUGACACCAUCAUAUCGUAAAAUAUCAAAGAAUUAAAUGACAUCCAUUGGUUUAAAGAAGCUCUUAUCUAUAUCAUAAUGAAAAUGUGAUUUGAAAAGAGUGUGUAAAAUCAAAUUUAUUUUUAUAUAUCUGAAUGUUUUUGAUUUAACUAUUUAUGUUCCACGAUAACUAUUCCACUGUUUCUAAGUGCUUCUGAAGUGAGACUGCUUCAAAAAUAUUUUAUUUUCAAAUUUUUUUUGUCCAUAUUUAUGCUUUGCCUCUCAAUGAGGUAAAUUAUAAUUCAUUAUAAUGAAAGUGAAGUGGUAAAAAUACAAUAAAAGUAAUCUCAGGUGAAUGCUAAACUUAGGUAGUUGUACCAACUGGCAAUUUUCUAUUAGCUUCAUUAAUUCUGAGCAAUUAAUAUGUCAUGUUGAAAAUUCACAUACAUGAUUGAAAUUUUGGGAUAUUCAGUUAUGUUCAUUUCUUAGAUAUCUUGGUUUUUCUGUGAUGUAUGCAAAAUAAAUUGAAGGCAAGUUUCCAGAGGUUUUUCGAUUUAUUUGAGUAAUUUUGUUAGAAAUUGUUGUCAUUCCUGAUGUUUUCAGAAACUAGCCCUAAACUUUCAGUACAGUGACAGCAACACACAUUUCAAGUAAUUUCUGCUUUUUGAACAUUUGUUGCUAAAAUAAUUUAUCUUUUUUGAUUUGGAGUUUAUAAAUAUUUACAAAUUGCUGUGUGAUGUUUCAGAAGCCUACCCAUAUUUUUCAUUUUUAAAUAAAGUAGUUUCAGUUUUGGAGCACCUGUAAGAUUUACGUAUGUAUAUUUCAGAGAGUGAUAGUCUGUGCAAUCUGUGAGAUAAGUAAGACUAGUAUUCUGUGCAUCAUAUGCAUUUGUAUUGUAGUAUAAAUAACAUAUAAAGUAAGAAUACGAUUUUCAAAAUAUAUAUUUGUGCAAAUUCACAAGUACAGAAUGACUAUGCAUGUACUAUCUUCUGUGCAUUGCACUUAUUUAUUAAUAAUGUACCAUGUUUUCUUGCCUGAUCCUGGGUGGCAAAACCUGGGUAAUGAGAUUUAAUAUUCUUAGUUGCAUUGUUUUAACGUUUUUGUAUAAAAUUUUAAACAUUUCAGUUCAUUUUCUGCUGACAAGUUGAGUAAGAAGCCAGAAUUGUGAUUCUCAAUAAAAUCUCUAUUUUUUGUGCAAUAUCUGAGAAAGUGCUGCAUUGGUACUAAUGUGGAAGGGAAUUAAAAUUGUUGACAUGUGAUAUGUAUUUUGACUACCUUCUUUCCCGACCUCACCAAGUCUCCAUUAUUUCUUGGUGGUUUUCUUUAGAGUAUUUGAAUUCAGUGCUCAUUAUUCAAACACAAAAUGUGUGUGUUGGUACCGACAUGCCGACAUGGUUAUAUUUAGAUUCAUUGGGACUUAUCUAAUUUAAAAAAAACAAAACAACAACAAACCACCUGUCACAUUAAUGUGGUAAAAAGAAGUUGUCAUGGUUAGAGUAUGUUAUUUGGAUAGCAUGAGAUACUGUGCCCUAAGCAAUUACACCAAAAAGGUUGCUAUUUGUGUUUUUCAGUAGUGAUGUGGAUGUAGGGAGGGUGAAGGGUGAUAUGCUCUGGAUUAGCAUGUAAUGACAGCAAUUAAAAAUUGUUUUGAAAAUUAUUUAAUUUGAACAUUUUAAUUGAAAGAUAGAUGUGUGAAUUUUAAAGAUAAUUUUAUAAAUUUAUUUAAUGCAAAUGGUAUAUGAAUUUUGGAUGCUGGAAUGUUCAAGGUUUAAGCACUUAAGUAAAUGAGUUUUUA